GGCAGGUCAGCAUUCUGGUGUGAGGCACAGAAUAAGCGAAUCAUCUACAGUGUAGUGUCUUGGCAGGGAACGAGGAAGCAGAUGAAAUGUGAGAUAUGUGGUUGUCAGUUUCGUUUAACAGUAAGAAAUAAUAACAGCCUUGCACAACAUAUGCACAGUUGACAGUAAAGAGAAAUGAAGAUGGCAAGAUACGGAACAAUGAUGAGAUUCCUCCUAAGUGUUGGGAUCCUUUUUCAAGGGUGUGAUUCAGAUGUGAAAUGCAGGGAUGACAACGGAAAAGAGGUGGACUGGUAUAUUCUCUACAAGUUGCCCCAUAUAAAUGAUGACGGUUUGUCGUAUCUGUACAUGGAUGAGAGCACCGAUGGAUGGAAAGUCAGCAAUGAGGCAAUCAACAAUACAUCCGGCACUCUGGCAAACACCCUGAAACCUCUGCUUGACUUCUACGACAGAAAGACUGAAGGCUUUGGAUACAUGCUCUAUAGUGAUCAACCUCCUGAACCAUAUGUUGCUCCUGCAUCAUUUGGCCACAGUAAAGGAGUCGUGCUGUUGGACAGACAGACUGGAGUUUGGCUCUCACACAGUACACCAAAAUUCCCAACGUAUCGCAGGAAAGACUUCUGGCCAAGCAGUGGAAAUGCUAACGCUCAAACAUUUAUGUGUGUCACUUUCUCCUAUGAUCAAUUCAAAGAAAUAGGUUUGCAGCUCAAGUACAUCCAUGCUUACUCCUAUGACUCUGAGAUCCCGACAACCUUUCACAGUGAGCUGCAGUGUGUUGCACAGCGGAGCUGCUACCCAAAGACGGAGCCCUGGUUUAGUGUCAAGAAUCUGACGUCAAUGACAGGACGUACAUUUUCCAGCUUUGCAAAGUACACACGUUUUGGGGAUGAUCUUUACGCUGGCCUCAUCGUGAACUAUCUGGAGCAGAAUCUGUAUGUGAGGAGCUGGGGAAAGAAGCGCAGUGUCCCUCUGCUUUCUAACUGCAGCCUCAUCAUCCCUCAUAAUGUCUACAAUGUGAAGGAAGUGAGGCUGCUGAAGGGGAAGCCCUACAGCGAUACUGUGGAUCACUCCAAGUGGUGUGUGACUCCUGAUGGUGGCUGGACCUGCGUAGCUGAUAUGAACAGGGAGGAGAGUCAGAUGAAAAGAGGCGGAGGAGCAAUUUGCACCGAUGACAUUGCCGUUGGAAGAGCUUUUAAUGCCCUGAUAACACGUUAUGAACAAUGUAAACGUGAGCGCCCCCCUUCUGUUCUACACACAGAGCUGUGAAGGUACAACCCUUUAUCACCAUGUAGAGAAAAGUGUAGCAGGAAUACCAAAAACUAAGACCAGAGCAAGAUAUCCACGAUAGCACCUACUACACCUUUACAUAUCCAGACUUAAAAUUGUUUCAUGCUUGACAAAUUAGAAGUUUGACAUACACAGUUUGGUGUAUUUUAAUCCCUGUCUUUGGUAUUCUGUGUGUUUUAAUGAAGGAAAAACUGCAAUGUUUUUAUUUUUUAAAAUCAUGCCAAAGCUCUAACUUUUAUAGUACAACUCCAGAAAUUAAUUAAAAUUAAAUAAAUUUUAAGUACAAA